UUGUGGAGUCAAUGAAACCUUCUGCAGCCCUUGACAGCAUGGCAGCUGCAUUUGCUCUCGUCGGGCGAGUGCCUCGUGCCUGCGGCGUGCAGGCCAGCCAUCCCCAGGCACACAGAGAUUACUCAUCUUCCAAAAGAUACGAUUGGGCACAGCGAGGAUGUCUUGCAGGCAGUGCCUUCCUGGCAGCAUGCUCGCAGCCAACUUUUUCCCGAACAGCGAGGCGAGCAGUUGACAUGCCGGUGAAAGAACCUCCUGUGACUACCACGGUCGCAAUCCCUGGUGCAAAAGUGGAGGAGGAGACCCGACAGAAGAGAGCAGAUGAGUAUCGCCUUGUCCUUUACAACGACCCCUUGAACAAGCGCGAGUACGUGGCCAGGUGCUUGAUGACCAUUUGCUUGCUCAAAGAGGGGGAUGCUUACCAGGUGAUGAUGAAGGCUCACAAAGAAGGCGUGGCGGUUGUUGGAACCUAUGCCUUUGAGACUGCCGAGGCCUAUUGUGAGGGCUUGAAAGCUCAAGGCCUUAGUGUAGAUAUUAUCCCAGUGGACAAGGAUGAUUGAUGGGCCAGCAGGGGCAGGAGAGAUGGCCCAUUGCAUGUGUACAAAGAACCAAAGUUGUAGACGCCAGCUUGUCGCUGGGCAUUGAUUCACUGGUUGGUGCGCUGGAUGGUUUGCGAAGAUGUUUGCUGACAGGAACUUGGUAAAUUGUGAUUUUUUUCGAGAGCGUACACACCAGGAUUCAAAAACAAGACCAAUGCAGUGAGCGGAAAA